AUGGCGAACUCCACCCCUCUCUUCGAAUACAACAUCUCGUUCACUACCCCAGCCAACCCGCCGUCAUGUGAGCCCAAGCUCACGGCAAAGGAUCUCUGGACCGGCAUCGCCCGGGUGGCAGAUACACCCCAGGAAUAUGCGCCCUACGUCUCUAAGUGCGAGAUUCUCUCGCGCAACGGCCACGCCCUGGAGCGUAAACUGACUAUGGCAAACGGGGCGGUCCACAAAAGCAACGGGGAGAUCAUGUAUCAAGACGUGUGGAUUGCAGACCGUUUACUGGUGGAAGCAAAAACCAAGGAGACCGGCGCAAAGACUACCUUCCUGCUAUCCUACCACGACACGGCAACCGUCAGCCCCGACUCGACAGAUAUCAGCUUUACCGUGAUCUACGAGUUGAAGCUGGCCGGGAUUGAGCCCGGCAGUCCCGAGGCUGAGCGUAUUCAGGCGGAAUACCCCGAGCUGGCGCGCAAGGCCUGCACGUCAACAGUGGAACAGAUUCGGGAACGGAAGAAGAAUGGGCAAUUGGACGCCUGGGCUCAGGCUGCUGAAGUUCCUGUCUGGUGA